AUGUUUAAAGGUAAAAGAAAGCUUGCCAGUAAUUGCUUCAACCUGCGCGGCUCGUACACGUGCUCGUGCCGCGAGGGGCUGGCCGACGUGUCGCCCAACCGCGCCUUCCCGGGCCGCCUGUGCUCGGCCGCGCCGCUGGGCUGCGCGCGCUGCGGCUUCCACGGCGCCUGCGACGACGCCUCCGGCGGCUGCCGCUGCUUCCAGUGGUACGCCGGCGACGCCUGCCAGAUCAACCUCAAGGUGCUGCUGAUCGCGCUGGUGACGCUGGGCUCGGCGCUGCUGCUGCUGCUGGCUGCCGCCGCUGCUGGCGUGGUUUUGGUGCGCGGGGCGCGAGCGCGCGCGGCGGGGGCCACGGCCGGCCGCGCCAGCGCGCGCCCGCCGCGCCCGCCGGCCUUCCUGCGCGCGCGCGCCGCGCGCCGCCGCGGCCGGGCGACAAGCGCGCCAUGA